AACAAAUGUAUUUCCUUUAAUUAAAUUACCCUCUGAUGUGAUGAACAAUGCUAGGAUUGUUYAGCAUUUCCGCUUCCUGUCAACGGUCCUCCCGCUGCUACUGAAGCUAAGCUAACAUUAGCAAAUGGGCAGUGCCCGGCUGAGCGCCCAUCUCUGUUGUGGACGUUGACCCGACAAAACACAGUAAACUGCUCCAGCACAAGCUGAGACGUUAAAGAGGAUGGUCACGGUUCACACAUGAAGCCGUGCUGAGAGGCACUGCCAUGUUGCCAGGAGUCGGUGUGUUUGGUACAGGGAGCACGGCCCGAGUGCUGGUCCCGUUGUUGCAAGCUGAGGGCUUUGAGGUUCACGCACUUUGCGGAGGAAGCGAAGAGGAAGCUUGCUGCUUGGCGAAGGAGCUCGGCAUCCCGUUCCACACCAGCCGAUCUGACGACGUCCUCCUGCACCAAGACGUUGACCUUGUCUGCAUCUAUAUUCCACCCUCAAUGACGAAACAGAUUGCAGUCAAAGCACUGGGUAUUGGUAAGAAUGUUGUAUGUGAGAAAGCUGCAACGGCUGUGGAUUCGUUCAAGAUGGUGACUGCGGCCAGAUACUACCCUCAGCUGCUCAGCAUUAUGGGUAACACCCUGCGCUUCCUCCCUGCCUUCGUUGCAAUGCGCCGGCUGCUGGUCGACGGAUAUGUCGGUGACAUCCAGGUGUGCGACGUCCGGGUCUACGGCCCGAGCCUCCUUGACCAGUCGUACGGCUGGACCUGCGAGGAGCUGAUGGGAGGAGGCGGGCUGCACAUCGUUGGCUCCGCCAUCAUCGACCUCUUAAGUUACCUCACGGGCGCCCGAGCCCACCGUGUGCACGGUUUACUGCGGACCUUCGUGCAACAGAACAACCUGAUCCGAGGCAUCCGCCGCGUCACCAGCGACGACUUUUGUUUUUUCCAAAUGUUGAUGGGCGGCACCGGGCCCGCUGGUGUGUGCUGCACCGUCACACUGAACUUCAACAUGCCGGGGUCGUUCGUGCACGAGGUGAUGAUAGUCGGGUCCACUGGGAGGUUGGUGGUCAGGGACACCCAACUCUACGGCCAACGCAACGGCAGCGCGAGAGAGGAGCUKCUGCUGGGCGACAACGAGUGGGUCGGACCCGAGGCGAGAGAGAUGCCCCUCCCCUUCCUGCAAGGCCUGAGCUCCAUGGUGAAGGCACUCAGACAGUCUUUCCAGGCUCACGAGGAGCGCAGGUGCUGGGCACCGGGACCGGUUGCUUCGGCGCCGACGUUCGAGGACGGCCUCUACGUGCAGACGGUGGUGGAGGCCGUGAAGCGGUCCAGCAGCAGUGGGGAGUGGGUCUGUGUGGAGGUUAUGAGUCAGGAGCCGGAUCCGAAUCACAACCUGUGCGAGGCUCUUCAGAGAAACAAAAACUGAAUUAAUUUAUUCAUUAAGUGCAAAAACUACACGUACGGGUCAGAACAGGGCUUUGAAUAUUUGUUUGUGUUGUUUUGGCUGUUUACGUCACACACGACUACUUCUUUCACAUAUUGAUCAUGUUUUUGAGCGUCAGUCUUUUUAUUUAAAUUAAAACAACCGCAUAGUGCAACAAYUGAAACAAGUUCAUACACUAAAUUUACAUUCGUAAACCUCAGCUCCAUUAUUUGGAUUCUGACCAGAAGGCGGUGAAAAUAUAGAUGGCGUCAAAGUCUCCCUGAAGCCAGCUUGAGCCAAAAAUAGAUGCUGCUUCUCUUCACUGUCGUUUGAACGUAAACGCAGUUUUCAGACUUUGUGAUGCACCACAUAUCAAUAAGGCACAACACCUCCAUUAAAUAUUAAUGAUAAAAUAAACAACAUCGUCAACAUAAAGAAGCAUCCAGACAGUUUUUUGCAACCAAGCUGUUAGCUGCUGAGAAGUUUACUCAGACACAUGAAUUAUUAUGCAUAAAACAUGAAUGUUUAUUCAUCUAAAAGUGCAGACAAAGAAUAACAGAGCUGUGCGCAGUUUACAUCUUAUUUUAGUUUUGACUUUAAUAUUUGUAAUGUUACAUGCCUAAAAUUAUUACAACAAGGACUGGUAAUUAUUUAGAUUUCUAAAUAUUACAGUUUGCCAUGUUUUAGAUAGGGGAUGAGUGAAAUAAGCUAUGUGGAGAAAAUAAUUUGUAGCAUUGUCCCUUUAAAAUGGUCAGUUUUUUCUUUUUGUUUGUAAUAGUUUGCUAUAAGCUAGAAUAGAGGCUUAGGUUGUUGUUUUGUUUCAUGCAUUCCUUACAGAGCAGCUGAAGUUGGGAAAAUCAUCUCAUUCUCUCAGCCGACUCGUGCAUCGUUCACAUGCCUGGUAGUUUUAUUCUUUUUAUCAAAACCUACAAAUAAAUGAAUCUCUGCGAGAACAGAGGUUUGAAUUGUGUAACACUGUUUUCUUGGUGAGUCUGGCUGAAAUGUGAAGUGGAAGCAGAUAAAUAUAUAAAUAUACAUCUCAUAAGGAGGCAGAGAUGAAAACAUUUCACUUAUGAUCAACCUGACUUCAAAUUUAAAAGCUGCUGCACCUGUUUGGCUUAUUUAGUUUGUAAAAACAUAGCUGAUAUAGCUUUUGUCGUGGAGAUUAGAGUUUUAAAUUUAGUUAAUUGUGAUUAUUUGGCAACAAAUUGAAUUUAAAUGCCCUGCAAUGUUUAGUUUACAUUUGAUAACCAAUGUUUGUUCUCCAAGAUGAUUUAAAUCUGUUGUAUUAAGAUGAGCAAUUCUGAAACUUUAAGGAUUUUUUUGUAGAGUUUACUUUUGUGUCUGAAUAGUWAGGGUUUGUUACAGUCGUUCACUGCAUCUAAAGGCCCUGUCACACGAAAAUGUUCAGACAACUAAUGAAGAUUUAGUCCAACAUUAAACAUAUCUAUGUUGAAGAUGGAACAAAAUGUAUAUAUAUACUGGGAGUCUCGUUUGGACUUAUACAUACUGUGACGCUAAUGAUCAGCUCAAAUAUAUAACCUAUAUGAAUAAUUUUGUCAUAAUUGUCAUUAAUCAGCAUAAGUUGUCUAAAACUUGGUGUAAUWAGGCCUUUUCUUGAGGAUUUUUCCUGUUUAGCGGCUGACGUCACUGUUUAUCACUAAAUCAGACGGUGCUGUAAAAACCUGCUCUUUACAUGCUUCGUAUCCCAGCAAUGCGUUACAAAAACAAUAGUUUACAUUAAGUAUCUUCAGAAAAUACAUAUUUCUGCAGAACAUGUCACUACUAAAAUUCAUUCCAGCAGAGAUUUUUUAACUUAUCAGACUUCUUUUUCUUUUUGCACUGAUAAGAUGUCCCCAUAUGUAAUAUCUUGCACCAACCUACUUGCUGCAGAAGUGACUUUAAUGUGUGUUAGAGGAAGACUUUUCUAUUUAUUUAUGUCAGUUGGGGGGUAAAAAACAGUUUUUUUUUUGUUCUGUCCAGUGUUUGUGUUUUCAGCCUGUGAAUUUCUGUUUAAAGCUGUAAUAUUUCCUCUUUUUUUAACAUUUAGUCUUGUUUUGACUAAUGUGGCAUUUUGAGCACUAAUUUGUUGCUUUAAAGUUGGUAAACUGUAUUGUUUAUCUGCAUGACAGAUAAUUCCUUUAAUAAAUACAGCUGCUUUCAUUUAAAACCUUUUUGUUUGACUUUGGAAUAUUAAAACAUAUUUUUGCUUGUCAAUUUUGUAUUAAAAGAGAUGGUGACAAAUAAAAAAACACUGCAAUUUAA